UGUACUAGCACAUCCUCUUGUCCAGCAGAGAGCGGAAAACUCUCCUUGCGACAUGGUUCCCUCUCUCUCCCUCUCUCCCUCUCUCUCUCUCUCCCACCUCACAUUUGCCAGUACCAGAGCUCUCCGACUGGCAACCACCUAGAGCAUUGUGUCCUCCUGGCGAAGAGAGUGAGAGAUAGACAGGACAGAAAAAGAGGGAGAGAGAGAGUGACAGAGGUGAGAAUGACAUAUGGACAGGAGGGAUGGAAGAAACCCGCACCAUCCAUCUCCAUGCUUUGAGUGUGUCUGCGUUCAAAGGAGCAACUUCACAACAAAAAACAAAUAUGUACGGUGGGACUGUCUUCCCGUCUCAGUCUGUCUUCAUUUCUUUGUGAAUAUCUGGGACUUGUAUUAUUUUUUAUUUCUCAUCAUUAAUUUUCAGAGGGACUCAUCUGAGUAUGAGGAGUUAUUCUGAGUCGUGUCAGACACUUUGGCUCCAGUUCUGACCUCAGAGACUGACAGACAGACAGUGACAGGCUGCAGUGGAGUGUGAGCGACCUGAAGGAGGAGGAGGAGGAGGAGGAAGAGGAGGACAUUAAACACUGAGGAGAUACAACAUGUGCGUUCACAGAUCACUCUGACUCUGACGGAUUUUGUAUGACAAACAGAUGAGCCACGCUGGAUGUCAUAAUGUAUCUACUCUUUGAUAUCCAUCCGAUCGUCAGUGGUCUGGGACAUUUUGAAUGCUAAAAAGGAUUUUGACUCACAUCCUCAAAAUACAUACAGACAGACAUAUGGACAGACAGACUCAUUAAGAGAAGCCACUGGAGACUCAUUCAAGGUAGAAUCUGCUACUCAGGAUGUACUGUAAGAAAAAUACAAACAUUCAGUUCAAAUCAGACCACGAAAACAUGCUCCAUGCUGCACCUAGAGACAAUACCACAGAAGUAGCCCUUCAUUCAUGAUUACAGCUCACAAAAAUGAAAAACAAUUAGUUUCACUGGAACGGACUCACGUUUACUCACUCUCCAGAUACAGUGACAAUCAGACGGCAGCCAGCGUAGGUAGGAAUGACGGGUAAUAAGGCUGGAUCAGAGUGUAGCUGUAGCUCCAUCCAAGGCACAUAUAAUCUGGAUUGACAGAUUAAAAACUCACAUGCUGACCCAAACAACAAUAAGAGCACCUGAUGGAUUUCGAGUUGGAAGGAAAAUCUACAUUUUUAGUGAGGUAGAGCAGAAAAAUAUUGCAAAAUCUGCAGGAAAGUGGAACAAAGGAAGAGGAAAUAAAGGGUUAUCAGUUGCCUUUUUGGAAAAGACACAUAGACUUGGCUAGGAGAGUUUUAAAGGGUUCUGUAGGACUAGCUGCAGGUGGUACACAUGAACAUGUUCGUUACUCUCAUACACAUGUAAAGACACCACAGGGACAAGACACUCUGAAACACACUCACGGCACAAACGCUGGGAAGCUGAGAGGAACAAGAGCUUGGGAUUCCCCCAGAGACUUCACCACCAUGAUGGAAAAGCUGAACCCCACCGGCCCACCUGCCUCACCCCCUGACCUACCUCGCCCCUCUUCCUCCGCUUCCUCUGCCUCCUCCCCAAUCUGUGCGUCCGUGGAUAAGCACAGUCCCCCCCAGAACCGCACUUUAGCAUCCUCAGACGCUAUCAGCAGCCAGCAUCCUGCUACCAAGACAGGGCACACGGAUGUCCCCACCGCUGACUUGAUUCCGUCCUCCGUCACCACAACGACGGUGUUAACCAAUUACCACGCAGAUAAAGCUGCUUCACCUGAGCCCAAUUUCAUGGAGACCAAGCAAGAGCAGGAGGAGAAGCAAGGAGGACCAAUGACCACCGCGGCCCCUGCUGCUUCUGCCAACAGGUCCCCGACUCUCUCCUCUCCCCCUCCGCUCCUCCCAGCACCAGCCAAGACCUCACCGUGUCCUGUCCCACCUCCAACCUCCACAUCAUCUCUCCCCACAUCCUCAUCAUCCUCUCCUCUUCCUCCCCACAUUCCAGUCAUCAGUCUCGGUCACAGCAAGCCCCCGCUGCCGCUCCCCAACACCCCUUUGACUGCCCUCCAUCCAAUUCCCAGCCUGCUACAUGGGCCUCAUGGGGACAUUCGCCGCAGCCAGCUGAAAUGUUUGCCUGUGGCAAGCCCUGGAGGCCCCGGAACUUCUGGAGGUCCAGGAGGCCCUUCAGCUCCCUCCCCAGGGCCCCUGUUGUCUCAGCAGUUCCUGCCUGGUCACCCCUUCUUCACCAGUUCUUACCUGGGUCCCUCAGGAGGAAACUAUGGUGUCAUCAACAACAGUCGGAUCAAGAGACGACCCUCGUCACACUUUGAGGUGGAGAUCAAUGAAUGCCCCCCUCAGAAACUCGCUCGCCGUGUCUUCACCAACAGCCGUGAGCGCUGGCGACAGCAGAACGUGAACGGAGCUUUCUCUGAGCUCAGAAAACUCAUUCCCACACACCCGCCUGACAAGAAGCUCAGCAAGAAUGAAAUCCUUCGUCUGGCUGUGAAGUACAUCAACUUCUUGGUCACUCUGCUCAAUGACCAGGCCCAGGACAAGAGCAGGGACUCAGCCGAGGAUGAGGCUGAGGAUGAGGGUACCGCAUCAGGGUUGGACGGUAAUAAACUGAACCCUCUUUUUCAGUCCCACGCUGCCCUGCCAUCUUCAGCCGCCAUGGUGGCGGUCCACAGAGACAGAGACUCAACUGACUCAGUCAUCGCCCUGGCUAAUUCCCCAGCAACGUCCAGUUGCUAUGGUGACACCGAUAGUGAGGAAAGCUUUGGGGCUAAGAACUCUUUGGUGACCGAAGGCAUUCUGGGAAAGGUCAAGGGUCAGAUAAGGAUGGUGGCAGCAACAAAUGAUGAACGGUGACACCAAAGAGAAGCAAAAAAAGAUAUGUGCUGAGUUAAAUAAGUUAAAUGUCACACUGACGGACAAGACGAGACAGGAUACACAAUCGUCUCAAAGUGUGUCAGGGGCCAUUGUGGUUCUCUCUUCAGUCACACAGUGCUUGAAGAUCAACUCCCAAGUAGUCUGAAUAAGUAGGAGAUGGAUUUCUGAUGAUAUUUUGUAGUUUUUACUGUCUGUUUUUUUCAGUGGUGUGCAAACAUUGAGUGUGAGGCUCUGUGUUUUAGUAAAAUACUGAAAUAUGCUCUGGGCAGGCUUCUUUCCUUUGUUCCUUUUGUUCUUUUGUUAAACAUUACACGUCAGUGUCAAACCAUUUAAAUCCAUAACAUGAAUGAAUUAUGCAAAACAGCAUCCUGGAAAUCUAAUUAGAUUGCCUCAGGCUGGAUUUAUGUAGCUGUGCGUUAACAUGUUUUAAUAAGUAAAAUCUAAUAAUCCUUUCUCUGCCAAGAAAUUCAGGAUCUUGAAUUACCCCUCUGUAGUCCCACAGAAAUGUAAAAUCUCUCACAAGACGGUUAAAAGUCUGAUUUGAAAAAGUCGGACUAAAUGCAGCCUAAGAAGUUCACAUGUAAAUAAUCAGGAUUUCCCCACUACAGUUAUGGUAACUACGAGUGCCACCUAUUCGAUUGUGCCUGUAGAGAAAUGCACAACAUGCACUCACGGAUCGAAGUUGCAGUUUUUAAUUUUCCUGCUGUCUUACUGUCAGAGAAACAGGGCCGAUGGUCCCACCCUGACAUUGUGACACACUUGUACCAGACAGAAAUAAAGUGUGUUUUAGUUUGCUGUUCCUUAUUUGACAUCCUCUUAUUGCGCUCCAAAGACUGCUCUUUGUCAGCACGAUUUCUCAACACUUCCAAAUGUUUUGCUGCUUUCAGUUCGGGGGAACAUUUAUGUAUCCUCAAAGUGUUAGUAAGUAGUAAUUUCAGUGUGAGAUGAUGUCAGUUAUAAAAAUGCAGUGCUAUUAGAUUAGGAUUAUGAUAGGGAUGGAACUUGGAUGGGAAUGUAACUCUUUUAACUUAACUUUUGAAUAUUCAUUUUUAACAUAAGUCAUGUGCCCAUAUGUUCAUAACCCAAUGCAACAAAUUUGUCACCACAUAUUAUAUGGGCUGGAUAGCCAAAGCCAAACUCCAUGUUGUUUGUUUGUGCUUUCCACCAGGAUGACUGAUUGAUAACGGUACUUUUAACAAGGGAAAAUAAAAAUAGUGGGUGGUGUGACACCCUGAAGUUGGAUCAAACCGUCCGCUGACAUUACUGUGACAAUCCCAGCCCUGGAAGAAAGAAAAAGAAAAACUGUUGCCUUAACGGUCAUCACAUGAACUGUUGGCGUUUUCCCAGGCAGCGGAUUUGAGGAGGAAUGUUGCACAUGUAUUGUACAUGUUUUUGAUGUGUUUGUGCAUACUGUAUGUGUGUGUGCAAGUGACCAAGUGGAUGAAGUAAAGCAUUAGCAAAAGACUGAUGUAACAGCAACAUUUGUAGGUGUGUGGUUAUGUGUGAGGAAGGUCAGGGUGGUCAGGGUGGAUGUUGGAUGCGGUUAGAGCUGGGCUUCGGCAUGGUGGGGGAUUGUAUAAGUGAAAAGUUGGGGGGUACAAUUGCAGCUGUGCGAUGGUGCUGGUGUCUCUUUGCCUGCAAGCUUGGCUCUAUCAAGUGGCCAGGAAACGCCUACAGUUAGUGCUGUCUCAUUGACGGCCAACGAGUUUCCUGGAAGAGGGGUGGUGGCGUCGUAUGUAUGCGUGUG